UUCGAGAUGCUGUUUGGCGACUCGUCGCCAUUCCCGGAGCACCUCGGCCUCGGCCUAGAGGCGAGUGUCGGUCGCUGUGUCGGAGACACCUGUCCCCGACACCAAGACAGCCAGCCCUCUCCGCUGCCCCGCGGCGGGAGAGCGUGUCCGGCCGGCCGGCGGGGCUCGCGCACCCUCCCUCGCCUCCCCUUCCCCCGCAGCCUCCGCCCCGCCAGGCCCGGCCCGGACCUCCGAGCCCCGGCCUCCUCCUUCUUCUCUCUCACCACCGCCGCCGCCGCCGCCGGGCUCCACAGCCCCACCCGCCGCUUCUCUUUCCAGUUUGAGAAGCUGAAGAAGGAAACAGGGAAAAAUGUCGCCAUGAAGGCCGAGAACCGCUGCCGCCGCCGACCCCCGCCGGCCCCGAACGCCAUGAGCCUGGGUCCCCGCCGCGCCCGCUCCGCUCCGACCGCCGCCGCCGCCGAGGCCCCCGUUGAUGCCGCAGAGCUCCCCCAGCGCCGCCGCCACCGCUUCCGACAUGGACAAGAACAGCGGCUCCAGCAGCUCCUCCGCCUCUUCGGGCAGCAGCAAAGGGCAACAGCCGCCCCGCUCCGCGUCGGCGGGGCCGGCCGGCGAGUCUAAACCCAAGAGCGAUGGAAAAAACUCAAGUGGAUCCAAGCGUUUUAAUCGCAAACGUGAACCUUCCUAUCCCAAAAAUGAAAAUUUUAGCAACCAGUCCCGUCGCUCCAAUUCACAGAAAAGCAAAACUUUUAACAAGAUGCCUCCACAGAGGGGUGGCGGCAGCAGCAAAGUCUUUAGCUCUUCUUUUAAUGGUGGAAGACGAGAUGAGGUAGCAGAGGCUCAAAGGGCAGAGUUUAGCCCUGCCCAGUUCUCUGGUCCGAAGAAGAUCAAUCUGAACCACUUGUUGAAUUUCACUUUUGAACCCCGUGGCCAGGCGGGUCACUUUGAAGGCAGUGGACAUGGCAGCUGGGGAAAAAGGAACAAGUGGGGGCAUAAGCCUUUUAACAAGGAACUCUUUUUACAGGCCAACUGCCAAUUUGUAGUGUCUGAAGACCAGGACUACACAGUUCAUUUUGCUGAUCCUGAUAUCUUAGUCAACUGGGACUUUGUGGAACAAGUGCGCAUUUGUAGCCAUGAAGUGCCAUCUUGCCCAAUAUGCCUAUAUCCACCUACUGCAGCCAAGAUAACCCGUUGUGGACACAUCUUCUGCUGGGCAUGCAUUCUGCACUACCUUUCACUGAGUGAGAAGACCUGGAGUAAAUGUCCCAUCUGUUACAGUUCUGUGCAUAAGAAGGAUCUCAAGAGUGUUGUUGCCACAGAGUCACGGCAGUAUGUUGUUGGUGAUACCAUUACGAUGCAGCUGAUGAAGAGGGAGAAAGGGGUCUUGUUGGCUUUGCCCAAAUCCAAAUGGAUGAAUGUAGACCAUCCUAUUCAUCUAGGAGAUGAGCAGCACAGCCAGUACUCCAAGUUGCUGCUGGCCUCUAAGGAGCAGGUGCUGCGCCGGGUAGUUCGGGAAGAGAAAGUAGCUCUGGAGCAGCAACUGGCAGAGGAGAAGCACACUCCCGAGUCCUGCUUUAUUGAGGCAGCUAUUCAGGAGCUCAAGACUCGGGAAGAGGCUCUGUCAGGAUUGACUGAAAGUGGAAGGGAGGUCCCUGGUGUUGUGCCAGCCCUGGAACAACUGGUGCUGAUGGCUCCCUUGGCGAAGGAGUCCGCUUUUCAACCCAGGAAGAAUUUGUCCCAACAGGGUGUGCUAGAGUGUCUGUCUGCUUUUGAUGAAGAGACCACCGAAGUUUGUUCUCUGGGCUCCCCUCGUCCUCUUGCUCUCCCUCUGGUGGAGGAAGAGGAAGCAGUGUCUGACCCAGAGCCCGAGGCCUGUGAUGACUCAGAGUUAGCAGAUGACAGUCUCGGAGAGGGGACCAUUUGUCCUGAGUCCAGCCAGCAGGAACCCAUCACCAAGCCAGGCUUCACGCACCUGAGCAGCUCUCCUUGUUACUACUUUUACCAAGCGGAGGACGGGCAGCACAUGUUCCUGCACCCUGUGAAUGUGCGCUGCCUUGUGAGGGAGUACGGCAGCCUGGAGCAGAGCCCGGAGAAGAUCUCAGCGGUAGUGGUGGAGAUUGCCGGCUACUCCAUGUCCGAGGACGUUCGACAGCGCCAUAGAUACCUCUCUCACCUGCCGCUCACCUGUGAGUUCAGCAUCUGUGAGCUGGCUCUGCAGCCUCCUGUGGUCUCUAAGGAAACCCUAGAGAUAUUCUCAGAUGACAUUGAGAAGAGGAAGCGUCAGCGCCAGAAGAAGGCUCGGGAGGAACGCCGCCGGGAGCGCAGGAUUGAGAUGGAGGAGAACAAGAAACAGGGCAAGUACCCAGAAGUCCACAUUCCCCUAGAGAAUCUACAGCAGUUUCCUGCCUUCAAUUCCUAUACCUGCACCUCCGGUUCUGCUUUGGGUCCCACCAGCACCGAGGGCCAUGGUGCCCUCUCCCUUUCUCCUCUUAGCAGAAGUCCAGGUUCCCAAGCAGACUUUCUGCUGACCCCUCUGUCACCCACUGCCAGUCAGGGCAGUCCUUCAUUCUGCGUUGGGAGUCUGGAAGAAGACUCUCCCUUCCCUUCCUUUGCCCAGAUGCUGAGGGUUGGAAAAGCAAAAGCAGAUGUGUGGCCCAAAACUGCUCCCAAAAAAGAUGAAAACAGCUUAGUUCCUCCUGCUCCUGUGGACAGCGAUGGGGAGAGUGAUAACUCAGACCGUGUUCCUGUGCCCAGUUUCCAAAAUUCCUUCAGCCAAGCUAUUGAAGCAGCCUUCAUGAAACUGGACACACCAGCUACUUCAGAUCCCCUCUCUGAAGAGAAAGGAGGAAAGAAAAGAAAAAAACAGAAACAAAAGCUCCUGUUCAGCACCUCAGUCGUCCACACCAAGUGACACUACUGGCCCGGCCGGCUACCUUCUCCGCCUGGUUUUCUUUUUCCUGUGCUUUUGUUUUGCUGCUGUAAUUUUUAAGUAUUUGAGUUUGAACAGAUUAGCUCUGGGGGGAGGGGGUUUCCACAGCGUGAGGGGGAACCAAGAAAAUUUUAAAUACAGUGUAUUUUCCAGCUUCCCAUCUUUACACCAAAAUAAAGUAUUGACACAAGA